AAAUCAUUUGAAGACAGAGGGAGUAUGAUAUAUUUAAUGCUUAUACGCAAUCCGUUCACCCGAGAUAGCGAAUUCGAUUUUAGAAAGACAACGUCUCACUCACUUCUUUGUACUUUUGCCACCAUAAAUAAUAUUCCAACCCAAACAGUAAACACCCCCUUCCCUUUAAAUAACAAUCACUUCUUCUCCUUUUGCCAGCCCAGUCCAGCACACCAUACAAAAACACCUUCCCUAAACAAAACAAAUCCAAAAAACUAAUCAAACACAUAAAACAAACCCAAAAAUAAAAAUCAGAACUCCACAAAAAAAUAAAAACCACAUUCAUUCAAUUCAUUCAUACUCUGGUUUUCUGGAAAAUUCUACAUACAAUGUUGCCAUACUCUACAAUCGGAGAAGCCGAAGCUGUUUUAAAUCGAACACUAACAUUCCCAGAAACUCUUUGGUUUAAUUACUCUGCUAAUAAAUCAGAUUAUUUUUUGUACUGUCACAACAUUUUCUUCCUUUUUGUGAUUUUCUCUCUCAUCCCAAUCCCUCUUGUUGUUGCCGAGCUUCUUCGCGCUGCCAAUGUCGAGCGUUACAAAAUCCAGCCUAAAGUCAGAUUAUCGUUUUCUGAGAUCAUUGCUUGUUAUAAGACUGUUAUGAAGAUGUUCUUCUUUGUUGUGGGUCCUCUUCAACUCGUUUCCUACCCUUCUGUUCAGUUAAUUGGGAUAAGAACGGGACUGCCAUUGCCAUCAGGAUGGGAGAUGUUGAUCCAAUUAGCUGUAUAUUUCAUAGUUGAGGACUACACAAACUAUUGGGUGCAUAGAUUUUUACAUUGCAAAUGGGGGUACGAGAAGAUUCACAAGGUACACCAUGAGUACACUGCGCCGAUUGGUUUUGCAGCCCCAUAUGCACAUUGGGCUGAGAUUUUGAUCCUUGGGAUUCCAUCGUUUCUUGGCCCUGCAAUGGUUCCGGGCCAUAUGAUUACGUUUUGGUCUUGGAUUGCAUUGAGACAGAUUGAGGCGAUUGAAACCCACAGUGGAUAUGAUUUUCCUUGGAGCCCCACCAAGUAUAUUCCUUUUUAUGGUGGUGCUGAGUACCAUGAUUACCAUCAUUACGUUGGAGGACAAAGCCAAAGCAACUUUGCUUCAGUCUUCACCUACUGUGAUUACAUCUAUGGGACUGAUAAGGGCUUUCGUUACCAGAAGAAGCUCCUUGCAAAGUUGAAAGAAGAAUCAAGCAGUAAUGGCCAACAAAAUGGGCUUAAAUAUGAUUAGGGAUUUCCGCGGCAUGCUUAGUUUCUCUCUGUGGGUGCAUUCUCAGCUAUAGUUUUAAGGUAGAUGAUGCUCGCUAUGCUGAGCUGAAUGUUCAACUGUGCCCUAUGUAGUGUAGUCAGCUGUUGCUCCUUCCUUUCCUUUUUUUUUUUUUUUUUUUUUCCUCUUUCUUUUUCUUCGGGGGAGGGAGGGAGGGUUGUUAGAAUAUGUAGUUUUAUACUUACUUUUUGUUAUGUAGUUAUAUGUUUUAAUCCCCCAUAAUGUGUUGAUAUUUAUGAAGUGUUUAUGGCCUUUUGUGGAGUUAAGCGUAUAAAAGUGUACUAAGUUUUCACAUUUUUUCA